UAGCCAUACUUUAUUUUUAUUACUUUAAAUGUACUGGCAACAUUUAAUAUCAGCAUAAUCAGAAAUUAAAAAGUAAAAAUUUCUUUCCUUUCUGCUCGUGUAUCGGUGUCCCGUUGGAUACUAAGAGCACUUUAAAAUUCUUUUUUAACAAAAUGGGUUUUGUGAAAGUGGUAAAGAAUAAGCAGUACUUCAAAAGAUACCAAGUUAAAUUCAAAAGGCGUCGUGAAGGCAAAACCGAUUACUAUGCCCGUAAACGUCUCAUUGUCCAAGACAAAAAUAAAUACAAUACACCCAAGUAUCGGUUGAUUGUUCGCCUCUCUAACAAGGAUGUGACCUGCCAAGUUGCUUACUCUCGUAUUGAGGGUGACCACAUUGUUUGUGCAGCAUAUUCUCACGAAUUGCCUAAGUAUGGAGUCAAGGUAGGCCUGACAAAUUAUGCUGCUGCUUAUUGUACUGGUUUAUUGUUAGCUCGACGUUUGCUUCAAAGACUUGGACUUGAUAAACUGUAUACUGGCGCCACUGAAGUCACUGGUGAUGAGUACAAUGUGGAACCAGUGGAUAAUGGGCCAGGUGCCUUCAGAUGUUAUCUGGAUGUUGGUUUAGCACGUACCACUACUGGUGCUAGAGUAUUUGGAGCAAUGAAGGGUGCUGUAGAUGGAGGUCUCAACAUCCCCCACUCAAUUAAGAGAUUCCCAGGUUAUGAUGCAGAAGCAAAGAAGUUCAAUGCUGAAGUACACAGGUCCCACAUUUUUGGUCUACAUGUGGCAGAAUAUAUGCGCAUCCUUGAACAAGAUGAUGAAGACUCAUUCAAGAGACAGUUUGGCAAAUACAUCAAGCUUGGUGUCAAUGCUGAUUCUAUAGAGCCUCUUUAUAAGAAAGCACAUGAAGCCAUCCGAGCUGAUCCAGCACACAAAAAGAAAGAAAAUAAGAAAGAUCCUGCUAAACAGAAACGCUGGAACAAGCGUAAACUAACUUUGGCAGAAAGGAAGAACAGGAUCAAGCAGAAGAAGGAGUCCUUCAUCAAGAGGCUCCAGGCUCAAGCAGAAGCUUAGAAGGCUGUUAACAUUAAAAGCCAUUGAACAUA